CGCCCGUCCUGAAUCACAGGGUUCCUGUGGGCUGCACUGUUCCAGGGAAACACCAGCGCUUGCACAGGGCCCCGUGGUGUCUGCCCUGGACCGGAGGUGGCAUGGAGCCUCUCCAGCUGCUCCUGCUGCUCUUUGUCGCAGAGCUGUCCGGAGCCCACAACGCCACGGUGUUCCAGGGCGUGGCGGGCCGGUCCCUGCAGAUCUCCUGCCCCUACAACCCCGCAAAGCACUGGAGCCGCCGCAAGGCCUGGUGCCGGCAGCCGCACGAGGAGGGCCGGUGCCAGCGCGUGGUCAGCACGCACAGCCUGUGGCUGCUGGCCUUCCUGCAGAGGCGGAACGGGAGCACGGCCAUCGUGGAUGAUGUCCUGGGCGGCACCCUCACGGUGACACUGCGGAACCUCCAAGCUCACGACGCCGGCCUCUACCAAUGCCAGGCCCUCCACGGCAGUGAGGCGGAUACGCUCCAGAAGGUGCUGGUGGAGGUGCUGGAAGACUCCCAGGAGUGGCGGGAAGACGUGAACAUCUGGGGCCCCGAGGAGGAGUCUGAGGCCUUUGGCGGUGCCCAGGUGGAGCAGAGCAUCUCCAGCCUCCCGGGGGAGACCCCCUUCCCACCUGCCGCCAUCCUCCUUCUGGCCUGUGUCUUCCUCAGCAAGCUUCUCAUUGCCGGGGUCCUCUGCGCUGUAGGCCGGCGGAGGCGAAAGCUGGGGACACCUCUGGCCAGGGAGCUGGACGGUGGCCACGACCCAGGGCACCAACUCCACACUCUGACAGGUGCACCGGGACCAGGGGACGCGUGAGAGAAAGGACCCCCGGCCUGGGACCACCUGGCCCUUGCGCUCACCCUUUGGCCGCCAAGCCUCCUGGAUCUCCUCUGCUACAGCAAGGGGCCACUCUGCCCGCACUGAGCUCGUGUGUUCGUGCGUGCACGUGUGUGAUAGGAGUGGUUGCCUGUGAACUCCUGGCUUUGGACAUUAAAAUGCUUACAAACC